GUGACAUCCAUUUCCUGGAGCAGCAACACAACGCGGUUAGCCACCGUCGGAGCAGACAAAAUUGUGCAGCUCUUUGACGAACAUGGUGAGAAGCAGGACAGGUUCAGCACAAAGCCAGCUGACAAGGCAGCCCGAACCUAUGGUGUGCGGACCAUCGAGUUCUCCCCAGAUGGCACUAAGUUGGCUGUGGCGCAGAGUGACAACAUAGUGUUCGUGUACAAGCUCGGAAGUGAUUGGAAGGACAAGAAGUCCAUCUGCAACAAAUUCCAGCAGACCUCAAGCGUCACCUGCCUCACGUGGCCUGCGGGGCAUCCCAACGAGGUUGUGUUUGGCCUUGCUGAAGGCAAGGUCAAAGUGGGUCAGCUGAAGUCAAACAAGGCUGCCACCCUUUACUCGACGGAUUCCUUUGUAGUCUCGAUGUGCGCUGGUCCAGAUGGCAACUCCAUUCUUAGCGGGCACUUAGACGGUUCCAUCUACCGCUUUCACUUCGAGACUGAGACGGUUCCACGGCCGACCACGACCAAGUUCGCCAUGGUGCCACAGUGUGUGCCCUACGCACUGUCCUGGGGCUACGCCGGCAUCUGCGCUGCGGGUAACGACCGCAUGGUGCGCUUUUGGGACUCCGAGGGUCGAGAAGGGCAGACCUUCGACUACAGCGGUGAUCCCAAGAUCAAGGAAUUCACAGUGGCGGCCUUCAAUCCGUCCGGCGAGUCGGUCGUGUUGGGAAAUUACAAUCGCUUCUUAGUCUUUGCCUGGCACCCAAAGAGGAGCGAGUGGGCAGAAGUUGUACAGCGUGAGGUGCCAAACCUCUACACUGUCACGGCACUUUCCUGGCGAGCAGACGGGUCUCGACUAAUCGUGGGAUCUCUCUGCGGUGGCGUGGAUAUGUUCGAUGUGUGCAUUCGGCGAUCGCGUUAUCGGGACUCGCACGAGUUCACCUACGUUUCCCUUAGCCAAGUCAUCGUCAAGAGCUUGCGCUCUGGUGCUCGCAUAGUGCUCAAGAGCAAUGUUGGCUUUGAGAUCAAGAAGAUCAACAUCUUCCAGGAGCGCUUCCUGGUAGCUCACACACCGGAGAGCAUUUUGCUCGGGGAUCUGCAGACAUGCAGACUGUCCGAGAUUCCAUGGCACUCCAGCG